UCACAUAAUCACUGCCGAAAUCGACUCCCUGGCCAUCUUUUUUCAUAUCAGUAGUGUACCGAUCACUGUAUCUUUGUAGAUCUGUGUACACACCUAUCCUCACUUUCCGUCCUUAUCAAGGAGUAUAAGUGCAGCAUUAUGUUCCCCUAGAUUCCAGUCGUUCGUGAAAUUGGUACGGUGGACGACUUCGUUUUGCUAUAGUCUUCUUGAUUGAUUAUGGCUGGAGGUCUAGGGUUCAAAGGGCUCUACGCCUUACUGCUUUCGCUGAGUUUGCUCUCGGCGCUCGUUGGCGCGGAUGCAGUGGGGGAUCUUCAGACAAAAGGGCGAGCAGCCGUCGACGCCGAGAUUGCGAAGUCUACGACAUGCACAAAGGACAAGGUGAAGGUGCGAAAGGAAUGGGGUGACAUUACCGCCGCAGAGAAAAAGGCAUACAUUGCCGCCGUACAAUGUAUCAUCAAAGCACCAUCAAAACUCUCCGCAACAACAUAUCCUGGCGCAAAGACUCGUUAUGACGACUUUGUUGCUAUCCACAUGAAGAACACAAUGACCAUUCACGGCACAGGCAACUUCCUCUCAUGGCAUCGCUACUUCACCUGGGCCUACGAACAGGCUCUAGUCAAAGAGUGUGGGUACACGGGAACUCAACCUUACUGGGACUGGGGAAGAUGGGCCUCAAGCCCCGAGACGUCUCCGAUCUUCGAUGGAAGUGAAACGAGUAUUAGUGGACAGGGCGAGAAAGUAGCGCAUUCCAGUAACGGAAUGAAGCCUGCAGGCAAUGGAGGAGGCUGUAUCUCUGGACCGUUCAAGAACAUGACGGUCAAUCUAGGACCACUAGCAGCCCUAGGUGAUACCACACCGCCCCGAAACCCGCAAGCCAAUGGAUAUGGAUAUAAUCCUCGCUGUAUUAAACGCGACAUCUCCAAUUAUCUAACCAGCCGUGAUGCUACGACCGCAAAGAUCGCCGCUCUGAUCACGAGCUCAGCCAACAUCGCUACGUUCCAGAACACGAUGCAAGCUGCCAACGGUGUGCACUCCGGAGGACACUUCACCAUCAGUGGAGACCCUGGAUCUGAUUUCUACGUGUCUCCCGGUGAUCCCGCCUUCUGGCUACACCACUCCAUGAUCGACCGCGUGUGGUACAUCUGGCAGACGCAAGAUUUCUCCAAGCGCCAGCAAGUCAUUGCUGGAGGUACCACCAUGUUUGGCGGCGGCCGAGCGCAGAGCUUGGAGGAUAACAUCGAUUUAGAGGUGCUGAAUGUCGAUGGUAAAGCUUACAAGAUCAAGGAGUUGGUUAGUACGGUUUCGGGACCGCUUUGCUAUGUUUAUGAGUAG